GAACACCAUACAGGCCAAUAGACCUACACCAAACUCACUCUAGUGAUUCCUAUUGUUGUUGGUAAAACCUGAGCUAAACUCAACUAGACACGCCUAUGUGCAUUAAUUCAACUUUUGGAUACCCGAGUAGAAACAAAAAUUGGACUUAAAGGGUUUGAGAACCAAUUCUGAACGGCAUCAUGGACACCAAACCAUUACUGUGCAUGGUCGUCGUUGUCAUAGCAACAGUCCACGCCCAGAUUGCGCCCACCCAGAUACCACUGAAAUGGCACUGGAGCCAAUUCCCUAAUCCUCAAAACGAGUUUGGACGCUGUGGGAGGAAUAAGCCAUCUUACAUCUGCGAUCCGAAUCAUCUCAUCUCCUACAAGGGAGCUAACGCCAUCGACAGACUGAUAAACCAGACUCUAACUGAUUCGACAUGUCCGUGUGGUGCUCAGUCCUGUAUCCGCUCCAAACGAAGUGGCUACCAGAUAGCCGUGGCCAUCGUGCCAGAAUUCUAUACAAGUUACAAUGGGUCAAACCCUGAUAGAUUGCUGCUGGAGACGCGCCGGUUCGCAUAUGGUAUAUACAGCAGGAGGUGGAGUUUUGGUGUGUGCGGAGAGUGGGUUCUUCUCUUCUACACACAGCAACAGAACAUCGUUUAUACUCUGACUGGACGACUGGCUCGAUCCACGCUCAACGACGCUUUACUGGAACAGAUCACAUUGGAUGCCAGACAUUUCUUCGCCGCAGGACCCCAGAGAAACAUCACACAGGGUCUUCUGCAGAUGGUUGAGGACUUCAGGAACGUGUUUCUCACCAGAUAUCAAAGACGACCGUUUGUCCGUGCUGCCCGAUUAUACAGGAGGACAUAGAAAGCGGUGCCUGUGGGAUAACCUUGGCACCACAGGCCUCUUCCUUGCUCUCGUGACAUUCCUUAGCAACAAAUUCUGGGAAUAAAACAGGCAUGCUGUCAUAGAGAACACUAUGGAAAAACCUUGUUCACAAAUGGAAGUAUACACCGAGACUAGAAUCCAACGUGCGUAAUAUUUGUAAACACUUAUAUUUUGUCUUUUUCAUCCACGUGUACAAAGGAAAUUAUGCAAAUCUACUCAUACCCAUUCUCCAUUCUUCGGAGAAAGAUUUAGUCUUAGAUGAUCUGACUCUGCAUUACUGUACGCAUAUUACAAUGAAUUUUAUGAAAAUUUGUUAGAGGAUUGGCAUACAAAGAAAUUAAUGACGAGUAUUCAUUCUGCUAGCAUAAAUGCAUAUCCAUAUAUCAUACUUAAACUGCAUCAAUUCAUCUCAAAUUUGUCAACACGUGUUUUGGUUAACCGAGAAAUGUGAAGAAAACAUCGUAUAAACUGUCAAUUGGUUUACUAUGAAAGAACAUAUAUGGAUCUGAAGUAAGUUGCCCACAAAUAAGUGCAUUAAGGUGGGACUUAACCAUCACAUUUUAUAGUUUCAUUUAUAAGGUUUAUAUAACAUGUUAGAAACACCUCGUGUUAUGAUUUUAGUUUGACAUAUCUUUUGGAGAACUGCUCUCCUGGUACCGGUAUAUAAGGCGUGUUUCCCGCCUAAAGUCUUUUGGGCCUGAGCUACAUGUGUAGGCCUAUAUAGUCCAAUGUUUCCUGCCUUUGCGAUGACGUUUUGUGGACACACUGCUAACGUCUAUCACUCAUACCUUAAGUUAUGAGAAAACAAUGGUAUCGUAUAAGGAAACUGUGUUAACAAAAACUACAUAUACUGCAAAACUUCUGCGCCACCUCUCUGUCUCAAGAACACAGAAAU